GGCCAAAGGCACUCCGUGGACUGGCGGGUUUGAAAUGAGGUGGGUCUUCAAGAAGUUGGGCAAGCGAGGGUCUUACCAUGAAGCGAUCCUGUCCCCCAACCAUGCCCCUUACUUUUCCAGAACACUCGUGGUGUCAGAGAGAAAGAUGAGAACCCACCAGGUGUUCGCCUUCCUCCUGCUCUUCGUGGUCGCCUCCGGGGCCUCUGAAAACGCCAGCACGUCCCGGGGCUGCGGGCUGGACCUCCUCCCUCAGUACGUGUCCUUGUGCGACCUGGACGCCAUCUGGGGCAUCGUGGUGGAGGCGGUGGCCGGGGCGGGCGCCCUGAUCACGCUGCUCCUCAUGCUCAUCCUCCUGGUGCGGCUGCCGUUCAUCAAGGACAAGGAGAAGAAGAACCCCGUGGGCCUCCACUUCCUCUUCCUUCUGGGGACCCUGGGCAUCUUUGGGCUGACCUUUGCCUUCAUCAUCCGGGAGGACGAGACUAUCUGCUCUGUACGCCGCUUCCUCUGGGGCGUCCUCUUCGCGCUCUGCUUCUCCUGCCUGCUGAGCCAGGCAUGGCGCGUGCGGAGGCUGGUGCGCCAUGGCACGAGCCCGGCCGGCUGGCAGCUGGUGUGCCUGGCGCUGUGCCUGAUGCUGGUGCAGGUCAUCAUCGCCAUCGAGUGGCUGGUACUGACCGUGCUACGCGACGCCAAGCAGGCCUGUGCCUACGAGCCCAUGGACUUUGUCAUGGCCCUCAUCUACGACAUGGUACUGCUCGUGGCCACGCUGGGGCUGGCCCUCUUCACGCUGUGCGGCAAGUUCAAGAGGUGGAAGCUCAAUGGGGCCUUCGUCCUGAUCACGGCCUUCCUCUCUGUGCUCAUCUGGGUGGCCUGGAUGACCAUGUACCUCUUUGGAAAUGCCAAGCUGCAGCGGGCAGACACCUGGGGCGACCCCACCUUGGCCAUCACGCUGGUGGCCAGCGGCUGGGUCUUUGUCAUCUUCCACGCCAUCCCUGAGAUCCACUGCACCCUCCUUCCGGCCCUGCAGGAAAACACGCCCAACUACUUCGACACAUCGCAGCCGAGGAUGCGGGAGACGGCCUUCGAGGAGGACGUGCAGCUGCCGCGGGCCUACAUGGAGAACAAGGCCUUCUCCAUGGAUGAACACAAUGCAGCUCUCCGAACAGCAGGAUUUCGCAACGGCAGCUUGGGAAACAGACCCAGCGCUCCGUUUAGAAGCAAUGUGUAUCAGCCAACUGAGAUGGCCGUUGUGCUCAAUGGCGGGACUAUCCCAACUGCUCCGCCAAGUCACACUGGAAGACACCUCUGGUGAAAGACUUUUAAGUUCCAGAGAAUAAGAAUCUCUUACCGAUUUUAUUCCCUGGCUGUGUCUUUCUUGAGGGAGAAAUCGGUAACAGUAGCCGAACAAGGCCGCCUCACAGCCAGGAGAUUUGGAAAUCCUAGCCAAGGGGAUUUCAUGUAAAUGUGAACACUGAUGAACUGAAAAGCUAACACCCACUGCCCUCCCUCCCCUGCCAUGUGUACACACACACACACACACACACAUAAUACCAGACCAACCUCGAUCCCCGCAAACUAAAGCAAAGCUAAUUGCAGACAGUAUUAGGUUCACGCAAAAAUGUGGCUGGGAAGGCUGUUUCAUCCUCUGGGAGAGAACAGAAGCACAUUCACAGCUGGUGGGCCAGGCUGGGAUUGGUUGGAUACAGGAGGGCCCCUACCCCACGGCCCCUCCCCAGCAAGUGCUGGGCCCUAGGUGGCCCCCUAGGUGGCACACGUCCUAUUCGUGGAGGAGUAAUGGGGACUUUUCCACCAGCUUGCUUGGUGGUUUGUACAUUUCAAGGGGGUCAGGAGAGUUAAGGAGGAUGUGGGUGUGAGUCUAAGGUUGAGGCCCAACCAAAUAGCGGGGUGAGCUAUAUAGCCAGUAGUGGUAGAGAGACCCUGACAUGUGCCAAAGAAGAGGCACUCUGGAUGCUGAACUGACACCAUCACAUUUAGAAAGUGGUGACCAACCACUGUUCCUUCUGGGGGCCUCUUUCUGUAGUGCCUAUGGCGAGAAAGUGAGUCCCACCCCUUCCCCUGUGGAGCCAUGGAACUACUCCGGCUUGGAACAGCAGUUCCUUCUCACUUCAAAAUUCUCCCUGUUGGUGCACUUCCAGGUGCUCCUCCACACCCUUCCCCAACACCAUUCCCAUGUUCACUUCAAAAGCUCAGAGGCACCACCAGCUUCAAGCCCUUCCAGGAAGCAGGUCGGAAGGCGGGUGCCACAGCAGGUUUCCACACCGAUGCCACGUCGUGGGGCUCCCGGGGUGCCCUCUAGGAUGGAGAGAUGGUUUCCUGCUGCCUAGCCAGCAGUGACUUCUCGGGUCUUUUCCGUUGGUAAUGGUGACGGUUCCAGGAUGGAACGGAUCACGUGAGCAUUUCUUGCUGCUUUUGGAGGGCUCUAGUACAUUUCGUCUUGGUUUUCCAUGGGCUCCAUGAAAACUGCUCUCUUCAAAGCCCAUUAUUUCUGUCAUGGUUUUCAUCUGUCCUGAGCAAGUCAUUCCUUUGUUAUUUGGCAUUCCAAACAUCUCGGCCAUUAAAAGCCCCACGUUCUCUGCACUGUUUGGCCAGCAUAAUCACUAGCAAGAUUCAAAGCAGUUUUAGCCCGAUGGCAUGGAAUGUAUCAAUGACAGUGGGUCCUUCUGCAGAUACUCUAAUCGCUACAUUGCUUUUUCUAUAAAAUUACCCGUGAGCCUUUAACCUUUAAAGAAAAUGAAAAAGGUUAGUGUUUGGGAAUGGGGGUGGGGGGAAAACCAACCUCUUCGUGAGCCAGUAUGACUGAGCUGAGUAUGUUUUAAUAAACCUUCUGAUUUUUCUCGAGGCCCUGGUCUCUGCUGUGUCCCCUUCCCACCCCCUGAUCCUUGCAGAGCACUGGGUGAAAUGAGGCCAAUCUGGCCAUCUCUGGGUGGCUUUCCCGCAAGUGUUCCUUCCGGCUUGUGCUUUUCCUCAUGCAUGGGGAAGAAAAAGCAUGGCCCCAGAAUGCCGCCUCUACCUGGCCUUCCGGAAGCACAGCCCCGCCCACAGCAUGUGCUUGCUUGUAAAGAAUCAGAUUCCAGUCCUCUGCUCCAGACCAUCGUUGGGUGGACUGAGAACCACAGGGAGGAGUGGGAGGGGCAGAAGUCAGGACCUGGGCUGGGCAUGGGGCAGGGGGGCAGUUGCAUGCAGACCCAGUAUUGUGAAGAUAAAGAAAUCUCCGAACGCCUCAGUCCAAUCCAGUGAAAAAUUCUUGUACCAGGAAAUGGUUGCUCACCCCCGCUCUCUGGAGUCCUUUGGAGCUUUCUGAUACCAUCAGUGACUCAGUCUGCAAGAGCCCCCCUUGCAGAAAGGAGCAAUUCACACGAUUGUUUUCUCUCUAAGCUCUUUGUUGUCCGUGCACAGCAGAAACAGCUUCCAGUGAAAAGUAACGUUUCCCCAGUGCAAAAAUGGAGCCAUCUUUGAGUCAUGGGAAACCUCACCUAAUGAGACCUGGUUUUCCUCCCAUUUUACAUCUCUGACAUGUUAUUGCGCUUCUGGGUUUUGUUUUAUUUUGGCUUUAAAGUCCAAAGUGGGCUGAAUGCCCUCACAAUGGAGGCAGAGGUGGGAGUGAGGGGAGAAGGGAGAACACGUAUUUUUCUAAUGACCUUUCACCUGAAGAGUACCAAGAGCCAUCUUUGCCAAGAGACUGAACGCCAGCUGCCCCCAGGGAGUAAGGUUUAAACACAAAACAAAAUGGCACCUCUGUUUAAGAUCUGGCUAUGUAAGCAAGACUUGUUUGGGGAAAACAACGUGGAAGGAGAGUAUCUGAUCAAAACCCCUAAUUGUAAGCACAAAUCUUUCCAUGUCCAGUUAUUAAAAUCGCUUUGGGACUAUAACAGCCACUCUGGUCCGCCCUCUUAAUGGAAAGCUGCCGUUCUAUCCUGGACUUCUCCACUUGAGGUGGAAGGUAGAAGAGGCAAUCAGCUCCGAGAACUCACAGACCGGAAAGAUUGGCGCGUCUCAGGUGUUGCCCGGGUUUGUGAUGUGGAUGCUUGAAGCUGGCUGUCCAAGGCUUUGCUAGCGCCGAUGUCAUGGAGCCUGCAAGUACGAGCCUAAAGUGGGGGUGGUCUUCUUGGUUGUCUGAGGUGGAGUCGAAUGCCUCAGGCCAAACCCCAAACUGAAAGGGAGCAUUAUGGCUUUUAUAAUCCAAUGAUGCAAUGACUAUACCAGCUUACAGGAGUUCUCGGCAGGUGCUUUUUAUUAAUUGAUAAAGAGCUAAAGCUCGUUUUUGAUAGAUAAUAUAUAUUUAUUAAAUGUAUUAAUGUGUGUUUUAUAAUGUACCUUUAUCUUCCCCUGGCUGACUGUUGCAUACUUAUAAGAAAAAAAAAAAUCGUUACAGAAAUUUCAAGACAAUCAAUGUGUACCAUAAAUGACUGUAUAUAAAUAUUAUAAAUUUAAAAGGUUGUAAAGCAUGGGCAGAUAGGUUUUAUUUUCAAAAUGCUGUUCUUAACACAAAAAUAAAGGCUUUACUAUUUA